CUGUUUGACCGGGAGCUGUGCGUCCGUCAGCUGAGGUACUCGGGUAUGAUGGAGACCAUCCGGAUCCGCCGAGCCGGCUACCCCAUCCGCUACACCUUUGUGGAGUUCGUGGACCGGUACCGGGUGCUCAUGCCUGGGGUGAAGCCAGCAUACAAGCAGGGCGACCUGCGUGGGACGUGCCAGCGUAUUGCCGAAGCGGUGCUCGGGAAGGAUGACGACUGGCAGAUUGGAAAGACGAAGAUAUUCCUGAAGGACCACCACGACAUGCUGCUGGAGAUUGAGAGGGAUAAGGCCAUCACGGACAAAGUCAUCCUCAUCCAGAAGGUGGUCCGUGGCUUUAAAGACAGGUCCAAUUUCCUGAAAGUGAGAAAUUCAGCCCUGAUGAUUCAGAGGUACUGGCGUGGACAUAACUGCAGGAAGAACUAUGGUGCUAUGCGGAUCGGCUUCCUGCGACUCCAAGCCCUCUACCGAUCCCGCAAGCUCCACAAGCAAUACCACAUGGCUCGCCGGCGGAUCAUUGAGUUUCAGGCACGAUGCCGGGGCUACCUGGUCCGUCGGGCUUUUCGCCAUCGCCUCUGGGCUGUCCUCACCGUCCAGGCGUACGCCCGGGGCAUGAUCGCCCGAAGGCUGUAUAAACGCCUCCGUGGGGAAUAUCAUCGACGCCUGGAAGCAGAGAAACUUCGACUGGCAGAAGAAGAACGGCUCCGAAAGGAGAUGAGUGCCAAGAAAGCCAAAGAGGAAGCAGAAAAGAAGCACCAAGUACGCCUGGCCCAGCUGGCACGGGAAGACGCGGAGAGAGAAGUGAAGGAGAAGGAGGAAGCGCGUCGGAAGAAAGAGCUCUUAGAAAAAAUGGAGAAAGCUCGCAACGAGCCAGUGAACGACUCGGAAAUGGUGGACAAAAUGUUUGGGUUCCUGGGGACAACAUCCUCGCUGCCUGGCCAGGAAGGACAGGCACCCAAUGGCUUCGAGGAUCUUGAGCGAGCCCAGAAGGAGCUGGAGGAAGAAGACCUGGAUGCAGCGUUGCCUCUCCCUGAGGAAGAGGAGGAAGAUCUUUCAGAGUACAAGUUUGCCAAGUUUGCCGCCACAUAUUUCCAGGGCACGACGACACACACCUACGUCCGCCGGCCUCUCAAGCAGCCUCUUUUGUACCAUGAAGAUGAAGGAGACCAGUUGGCAGCCCUCGCUGUAUGGAUCACUAUCCUCCGUUUCAUGGGAGACCUCCCCGAGCCGAAAUAUCACACAGCCAUGAGCGAUGGUGGCGAGAAGAUACCAGUGAUGACAAAAAUCUAUGAAACUCUUGGGAAAAAGACCUAUAAGAAAGAACUGCAGGCUCUGCAGGGAGAAGGAGAGAGUACUCACAUUGAUGGGCACAAGAAGAACAGUGUGCGGCACAAACUGGUCUCCUUAACACUCAAGAAGAAAUCCAAACUGACUGAGGAGGUGACGAAGAGACUUCACGACGGUGAGUCCACGUUGCAGGGUAACAGCAUGCUCGAAGACCGACCCACCUCCAACUUGGAGAAACUCCAUUUCAUUAUUGGCAACGGCAUCCUCAGGCCAGCCUUAAGGGAUGAAAUUUAUUGUCAAAUCUGCAAGCAGCUGACCCAGAACCCAUCCAAAAGCAGCCACGCCAGGGGCUGGAUCCUGAUGUCCCUCUGCGUGGGAUGUUUUGCUCCUUCUGAGAAGUUUGUGAAGUAUUUAAGGAACUUCAUCAGUGGAGGCCCCCCAGGUUAUGCUCCUUAUUGUGAAGAGAGGCUGAGGCGGACGUUUGCCAACGGGACGAGGACGCAGCCACCCAGCUGGCUGGAGCUGCAGGCAACCAAGUCCAAGAAACCUAUCAUGCUGCCUGUCACUUUCAUGGAUGGGACAACGAAAACGCUGCUGACCGACUCCGCAACAACCGCUAAAGAGCUCUGUAAUUCUUUGGCCGACAAGAUCAGCCUGAAGGACCGAUUUGGCUUUUCGCUUUACAUUGCACUUUUUGAUAAGGUCUCCUCACUGGGGAGCGGCAAUGACCACGUGAUGGACGCCGUGUCUCAGUGCGAGCAGUACGCCAAGGAGCAAGGAGCGCAGGAGCGCAACGCGCCGUGGCGGCUCUUCUUCAGGAAGGAGAUCUUCACUCCUUGGCAUAAUCCGAGUGAGGACAACGUGGCCACCAAUCUCAUUUACCAACAGAUUGUGCGAGGGGUGAAGUUCGGGGAGUACCGGUGUGAUAAGGAAGAAGAUCUGGCAGAACUGUCUUCCCAGCAGUAUUAUGUGGACUAUGGGUCAGAGAUGGUGCUGGAAAGGCUCCUAAACCUGAUUCCAUCCUACAUCCCGGACAGAGAGAUCACAGCUUCGAAAACAGUGGAAAAAUGGGCUCAGCUCAUUAUAGCUGCACAUAAAAAGGGAAUUUAUACUCAGAAGAGGGCAGACCCCAAAAAAGUCAAGGAAGAGGUAGUGGAUUUUGCACGUUUCAAGUGGCCUUUGCUGUUUUCUCGGUUUUAUGAAGCCUUCAAAUUCUCAGGGCCAAGCCUGCCUAAAAAUGAUGUGAUCGUAGCUGUCAACUGGACUGGGGUGUACUUUGUGGAUGAGCAGGAGCAGGUUCUCUUAGAGCUCUCAUUCCCAGAGAUCACGGCUGUGUCAAGCAGCAGAGGGGGAAAACUGCAAGGGCAGAGUUUCACUUUGGCCACCAUUAAAGGUGAUGAAUACACUUUCACCUCCAACAAUGCAGAGGAUAUCCGGGACCUGGUGGUGACCUUUCUUGAAGGAUUAAGGAAAAGGUCCAAAUAUGUGGUGACUCUCCAAGACAACCCAAACCCUGCGGGAGAAGAAUCUGGUUUCCUCAGCUUCCUCAAAGGAGACCUCAUAGUUCUGGACCAGGACACAGGAGAACAUGUGAUGAACUCAGGGUGGGCUAACGGGUUCAAUGAACGGACCAAGCAGAAAGGGGAUUUCCCAACCGAUUCCGUCUACGUCUUGCCUACAGUCACCAUGCCUCCGCUGGAGAUCGUGGCACUGGUCACGAUGACCCCUGACCAACGACAAGAUGUGAUCAGAACCUCUCAGCUGGCAAUUUCAGACACUGAAGAGAGAGUCAAGCCAUACACCUUGGAGGAAUUUUCCUACGAUUAUUUUAGGCCGCCUCCCAAGCACACCCUCAGCCGGGUCAUGAUCACCAAGAGCCGCGGGAAGGACAAGCUGUGGUGUUACACCCGUGAGCCCAUCAAACAGCCCUUGCUGAAGAAGAUCCUGGGUAGUGAGGAGCUGUCCCAAGAAGCUUGCAUGGCCUUCAUUGCAGUGCUCAAGUAUAUGGGUGACUACCCGUCCAAAAGGACACGCUCGGUUAAUGAGCUGACAGACCAAAUAUUUGAAGGUGCCUUGAAAGCGGAACCCCUGAAGGAUGAAAUCUACUGCCAGACCCUCAAGCAACUCACAGACAACCACAUCAAGUACAGUGAGGAGAAAGGCUGGGAGCUGUUGUGGUUGUGUACAGGCCUUUUCCCUCCAAGUAACAUCCUCCUGCCCCAUGUCCAGAGGUUCCUGCAGUCCCGGAAACAUCACCCCUUGGCAGCAGACUGCAUCCAGAGACUCCAGAAAGCCCUGAGGAAUGGAUCCAGGAAGUACCCGCCCCAUCUGGUAGAAGUGGAAGCCAUUCAACACAAAACCACCCAAAUCUUCCACAAGGUUUAUUUCCCUGAUGAUACCGAUGAG